AUGGCCGAGAGCCUCCCUGAAGAUCGCAUACCGCAAGCCAUUUCCAAAAAGCACGACGAGCCCAUUGUGAAUCCCCUCAAUCCUCCUCCACAGCAGCAACAUCGUGGAUGGCGUUUCUGGGCCGUUUUCCCAGGCCUCUGCUUUGCCAUCCUUCUUGCUGCCCGGACACCUCAGUUCCUGCCACUGCUCUCCCAACCAUCGUGGACCAGCUGCACUCGGGCUCGCUUUAUAUAUGGACAAUCAACGGGGACUUGGAGGCGGAGGAAUCUUGUGAUGGUUGAUAUCAUCGCGGCUGAUUUGGUGGCCCUUCGGGAGCGACAGAAGUUUAUGAGUAUCAUCAUGGGCACUUUUGCCCUUGGCACGUUUAUCGGACCUGUGCUGGGAGGCGCCAUCGUCACCAAAACGACCUGGUGGUGGGUGUUCUAUAUCAACCUCCCUGUGGCGGGAAUUGCGCUGGUCCUGGUGACUCUGUUUCUGAGGGUGAAAUGGUACCGAGAAGGCACUCUCAAGGACCGACUUGCUCGGGUGGACUUCUCCGGGAAUAUGAUCCUCUCUGCGGCGAUUGUGGCCAUUCUGAUUGCCGUUACCCUGGGGAGGAACCACGUAUAG